AUGACUCCAUCUUCUCCAGUCAUCUCUGCUUCUGGAUGCACGAUCCUUACAGGCAACGAUGAAGUUAGCCUGUAUCUUCGUGAAGAACUUGACACGAACGCUGCACUGGCAUGGUGGCAUCGACAUCAAGACCAAACAACAUUCCCUCUUCUCUCGCAAGCAGCAUUACAGCACGACAUUCGACUGUCUACCGUACCACUGUGUGUACACAACUCUGGCAUCUGA